GGCGCGUCGAACACAAUCGCGGCGCGAACUGCGUGGUUUGGUAAAGACGCGAAGGAUCGCGGUACUCCGAGACUGCGUCGAUUUCUACACUCUGCGAGAGUUGGAGAUGGUCCACAGAUGUUUGCAGAACCUUUACAGCUCUUGCUAGAGCUUUGCUUUGGUGGAAAAAGACAGCAAACGGCAGGGACAACGCCCACUUUUUAUUCCCGCGCUUGUUCCAUGCUGAGACACAGCACCGCUGAAUCUGUCGGCCACUGCCUGACUUCUCAUACUGCCUUGGAAAGUGACGUUCCCGGAGACAACCAAGUGGUUGCUGGGGUUGAUUAUGAGGACCGUGGGAUGGCGAAGAGCUGGGGGUAGACGACAUGCUACUUGCCAGUUGUAAAAGCUCCUUCGCAAGUUGAAUACGAAAAACUCAUGAGGGAAUUUUCGUCCAGUAGAUUGUUUGUUGCUAUACAUAACGUAGCUGUUCACGACAGCAGCAUCAAACAAUGCUCUCUUCCACCACUUGAUCUUAUGGUGGGGAAACCCAUAAUAAGAGAGCAGCUGAUCCCCCUGUCGACUCCCCCCAUAUACUUGUUGUAUUCAGUGACUGCCUCUGGUUUCUCAACCACCUCACGUCCUCCAACUGUGUGGCGAGAACGACGCUCCACCUCAACUGUCUUGUCCCUCAUGAAUCGUAGAGAGUAUCGACACCACUCGCUUGUCAUGCCACUGUACGAUCUUCAUUCCAUCAUCUCCCCUUGCUCAUCGGCACUUUUACCACAGGAGGUACUCCUCUGCGGUUCAGCCGUAGGGUGCCACAAGCCUCAAACCCACGUUCACAGAGCUCGCUGAACAGCAAUGGGGACGUGUAGAAAUUGUCCACGUAGAGUGAUGUCCACGGCCCUGAAGUGGCUCUACCAGUCGCAGCACCACAGCAGACGUCAUGUCCAGCUCACUAUCCAGGGAGUCAUCCUUUCCUGUGAGCAAAAACACUAUCUUUAUGUGUACAGGAGU